UCGGGUUCUUUUGGUUAUCUGGGUCGUUUUCCUUUUUUUGUGGAUGUGAUUGCUUUUUGGGCUCUUUUGGGGGGAGGUUCUGCGUCGCCAGCCGCUUCGGUCGGUGCCUCUCCGGGCGGUGUUUUGAGCGGAAAUUCUGCGUCUUGUUGUGGUUUCCACGGUUGAUCGCGCGAUCGGCGAUCGGUGAAGCAAACCUUGUUUUUUCUUAAACAAUGGGAGGCGGAAAGGACAAGCACGAAGAAUCUGACAAAGGGCUGUUCAGCCACCUAGGGCAUGGGCAUGGAUAUCCUCCUGGUCAGUACCCCCCUCCACCCGGCGCAUAUCCUCCUCAAGGUUAUCCUCCUCAAGGAUAUCCUCCCCAAGGAGGUUAUCCACCCCAAGGAGGUUAUCCGCCGCAAGGAGGUUAUCCACAGCAAGGAUAUCCCCCACAAGGAUAUCCCCAGCAAGGUUAUCCGCCCUCAGGAUAUCCCCCGCAAGGAUAUCCCCCUGCAGGACAUUCUGGCCAUUCCGCUGGCCAUUCAGGGCACGGAGGUAUGGGGGCUCUUUUAGCUGGAGGAGCUGCUGCUGCUGCAGCCGCUUACGGUGCCCACCAGCUGGGAUCUCAUGGCGCUCAUGGUGCUCAUGUUUCGCAUGGCGCCCCCUACGGCGGGUUCGGCUAUGGCCAUGGCCAUGGCCAUGGGAAGUUCAAGCAUGGGAAAUUUGGCAAGCACGGCAAGCAUGGCAAGCACGGGAUGUUUGGAGGGGGGAAGUUCAAGAAGUGGAAGUGAUUAGCCGUGUGAUGAAGUUGAAAGUGAAUGUCGUCCUCCAAUCUUAUGCUUAACUGAUGUCGACGGUGGUAUCUUUGAAUAAACUAUGCAUUUCAGACAUGGAUAGUAAUCUUUACGUUGGAUGUUUAGACGUUUUUUCUUUUACCUUAUCGUACUUGACCUGUACAUGUACCCAUUCUUUUUCUAACGAGAGCUGGUUGCCUGGCGGUGGAUCACGCGGUUCUUCCCGAA